AUGUCUCACUCUCCUCCACCUCAUAAGAGUCCAGGACAUAGGCUGCUCGACCAUCUCCAUCGCUUACGACCCAACAGUCUUUCUCGCCUCAGAUCGAGCAGGGAGCGCUCCUCUGUCAAGUCCACAGAGACGAAAUUCCCCGAAGCACAAGUACAAAACGACAUUGCAAUCAAGCAAAAUGUUGCUACACGACCGGCAAGAUCCCACUCGCUACGCUCCAGCGACGAAGACGUCUCGCUCAGUUCCACGGCUGUUGAGAGCGAACUUGCUGUGACUCUAUCCCCACAAAUACAUAUCCCUACAAGCGCCGCCGAACAGAUGUCUCCAGAUACGUCCGUGACAAGCCAAGAUUUGAGAGAUCAGGGCAAACAUCAUGAUGUCUGGAGUGCUGCCUUCCGUGAUGCGGUACGCAGUCUCAGUGGAGAGAUAAAUGUGGCUCUUCUCGAGAACAAGACACUCGAGCAGAUUUUCACGCAGCUCGACGCUUUGGAAAAAGAUGCGAAGGACAACUCAAUGUUCCUUCGCGGCGUUAAGUAUUUAACUUCCAUCCAAGUCCCUCUCAAGAAUAUCAAAAUGGCCUUAGAUUUGGCCAGUCCGCUCGCAAGUUUUGACCCUACUGCGAAUACAGUCUUUGGCAUCAUUACAGGAGUCACAGCGAUUGCUAUCAGCUUUGCGAGUGCAGACCUGGACUUUGCAAAGCAGGUUGGCGAGAUGCUGAAUUACAUGUCGUACAUUGAUGAGUGCGACACCCUGGGACAGCGCGCAAAUAACAAGGACAAUAUACACAAGGCACUUGUGUCAGUGUAUAGAGUUCUCCUCGAAUUCUACCAGGCUUCUUUCGAUAUUCUCAAGCUCAAAGGUGUCAAGAUUGUAAUGAAGACAGUGCUUGUUAAUAAUCACCUCCCGGAUCUUGUCGCAGAUUUCCUGAAGCAUACUGAGGUGUUGCAUAAGAUCGUGCAGAAUGCUACUGCAGACAUUAUCAACGACAUAAAGCUUAUGCUAUACGACCAACAAAUUGCAAGAUGGCUUGGCGGAGACAAAGUCGAACGACAGAGCGAACACCAUGGAUCCCUCGCCAGUCUCAGAGCUGAUGAUGGUUGCGACUUCUUGCUGAAGGAUCCGAAGUUUGUCCAAUGGUAUCGCAGUCCCGGGAUAUCGCGUCUAGUGAUUUUGGGCGACAUGGGCACUGGGAAAAGCGUUGUGGCCGCAUUUGCAGUGGACAAGUUGCACGAAAGGCGGGAAUCCCGCGUCCCGCGUCCGAUCAUUUGCUAUCAUUACUGUCGAGAUGACGAGACUGGUCGUAUGAUCCACAUACUGUCAGUCCUGUUAUUAUCGCUACUGCAACAGCUGCCCGGAUUGAAAAGGACUUUCCACGAAUGGUAUAUGCAAAACCAAGCAUCUGGCAACAUCGAGCCUGUGAAAGAUGCCAGAAAACUUGGGACGUUCCUCGAGAAUGCUUUAGGGUCUGUUGAACGUCCUCUGUUCGUUGUCAUUGAUGGAUUGGACGAAUGCGACAGACUAUCUCGAUCCGACAUUAUCGAUCUGCUAGGACGCUCGUCCAGAAACAAUCCAGGCAUGAAGUUUCUUCUACUGUCUCGCCGCAACGAAGAGAUUCUGCAGCAUUUUGAUCAAAAUGAUCGAAUCGAUCUUGUUCUCAGCCGUCGAAGAGAUCGCGCAAUCGUGAGCCAUACCGUUGAAAGACAGCUGAACUACCUCUCGAACGAUCUCAAAGAGCUCGUCAUCGAGCGGCUGUCUUCCUCCGCUAAGGGAAGCGCAAUUUGGAUAAAAAUGGUGACUAAUCUCCUUGAGGAUCGCCACAUCCAGGCUCCGGCUCCGAUGCGAUUAUUUCUGGACGAGCUGCCGUUGCCUUCUCGCCUUUCAGGUUUGUUUGAGCGAUUAUUUCAACAGUAUACCAUGGAUGACCUGGAUAAUCAGAACCUCGCCGGUGCUGCGCUGAAGGCCCUUGCUGCGAGCAGUAGACCUCUUUCCACGCAUGAGUUAGCGUGGGCCGCCGCGCUAGCAACAGCUCCACCGAGUGUGAGCUCUGUAGAUGCUCUCGCCGACCUCGUAGACGAAAGAAGAAUCCUAAAGCUCAUUGCUCCGUUCAUUUCGUGGGACCAAUCUGACGACAUCAACAAAGGCAGGGUUCAACUCUCACAUCAAUCGGUCAAGGAAUACAUAAUUCAAAAGCUCGGGUCGCAGUGGCCUGGUCCCCAAAUGAUGGCUGCCUCGAAAGUUAGGAAUCAGCCAAUGGCCGGCCAGUGGAUCAACAACUUGGACGCAUACAUGCUGAGAUUAUGCAUCAAGUAUCUUCUACUGGAUGAUAUCAAUAGGAUCGAGUUUUUCUCCGAAGAUAUGAUAUUUAACGAUGCCCUACCCGGCUUCUUGGAUGACAAGGAAGAACAAGAAGUCGAAUAUGAUGCGUACUGCACAUGGGACGAAUGGGAAAAAAACAUGAUUCGCUAUGAUCCGACUGAACGUGGAUUUGGCGAGUUCUUCGUGUAUGCGUCAUGUCAUUGGGUCGACCAUUUCGGAGUGGCUGAACAUCCAGACUUACCGGCCUUGAGAGAUAUUGAAGCACUUUGUUCGGCCGGUUCUACUCGACUUCAUAACUGGACGCAACAAAACUGCCGACCGGGCUGCAUAGUGCAGGCCCGAUUUGAAUUCCGAAGCAAGCUGUAUGAUCCUCUCGGUAUCACGUCCCUGUAUGGUUCUGAGACUAUGCUGCACCACAUGAUAAAAAAUUCGGACUUUUCUACAGAACCGUUCCUGUCCGACUCGGCUAUUGCCGCUGCUGAGCAGAUUUUACGAUGGGGUGACCUAGCGAGACUUAAAAUCAUUGUCUCGUGUGACAGAGCCAGGCUCCCGCUUCCAAGUACUCAAUUUUGGGAACUCGUGGUAGAUUGCUGGACUCCUUACCAGCGCCACCGGAACUGGGACGCGGUCUUCUCGUUGAUUGAUGAUAUGGUUGACAACUUAAUUGAAGACGGCUCAGCUAAUCAAAUAUUACGUGAGGCUGCAGGUAAAGGCUGUUCAGCCCUAGUCCAGCGCCUGAUGGCUCAGUCACAAAACUUCCCAGAACUCUGGAGUGGAUCACCGCCGAUUAUGAGGGAGGGGGAGGUGAUCAACGCAAUGACCCAGAGCUGCAAAACCAAUCGAACAACCACGAGAAGCUCCUAG